AUGAAGAAUCUCGCGCUAAUAUUCGCAUUUAUUACCGUAACUUUUGCUUCUGCAACAUCUCGGCUAUCAAGUAGAGAUGCCGUCACGAACUUUCCGAACGUUAACGAAAAUUAUAAGGGAUUUUCUCUAUUGGCAAACACUAGUGCCUGCGCCGAUUCAACAUAUGUUCCAUGUCCAAAUGUCAAUGGAUGUUGUCCUCCAGACGUGACAUGUUUAUCUGACGGCUGCAACAUUCCAUGCACGGCUCAAGAGAUUCAAAAUAACCCCUGUGGUAAUGGUUGCUGUCCCCUUGACCAAGUUUGCACACCUGAUUUUUAUUGUGCUCCUGGUGGUGGCGGCAGCGUCGUUAGCUGCGGUCCAAACGAAGUUCCGUGUCCACUUGGCAAUGAAUGUUGCCCUCCCCCUAUUUGCAAUAACAGUACCGAAGUUCCAUGUCCAGAUGGCAAUGGAUGUUGCCCCAUUCCUCCUCCCCCCCCAACUUGCACUAACAUUGGCGAAGUUCCAUGUCCAGAUGGCAAUGGAUGUUGCUGCAUCGAUCCAACCUAUGUUCAGUGUGCAGAUGGCUAUGGAUGUUGCCCUCCUCCUCCUACAUCCCCUACUUGCGAUAGCAGCACCGAAGUUCCAUGUCCAGAUGGCAAUGGAUGUUGCUGCAGCGAUCCAACCUAUGCUCCCUGUCCAGAUGGCAAUGGAUGUUGUCCUCCUCCUCCUACUUCCCCUACUUGCGAUAACAGUACCGAAGUUCCAUGUCCAGAUGGUAAUGGAUGCUGUUGCAGCGAUCCAACCUAUGCUCCAUGUCCAGAUGGCAAUGGAUGUUGUCCUCCGUCAAAUCCUCCGCCGUCAAAUCCUCCACCGUCAAAUCCUCCACCGUCAAAUCCUCCACCGUCAAAUCCUCCACCGUCAAAUCCUCCACCGUCAAAUCCUCCACCGUCAAAUCCUCCACCGUCAAAUCCUCCACCGUCAAAUCCUCCACCGUCAAAUCCUCCACCGUCAAAUCCUCCACCGUCAAAUCCUCCACCGUCAAAUCCUCCACC